CCCACCCCGAAGCCGACCUGGCUUGAAGUAGCAUUCUUCGAACUGCUGUAAGAAUCAUGUCGGCAGCAGUUGGACAGAAAAAGGGACCUGGCAGGCAGCGCAAGUGUGGCUUCUGCAGAUCCAACAAAGAUAACGAAUGUGGGCAGCUACUGCUCUCUGAAAACCAGAAGGUGGCAGCACAUCAUAAGUGUAUGCUUUUUUCAUCUGCCUUGGUAUCUUCACACUCUGAUAACGAGAGUCUUGGAGGCUUUUCCAUUGAAGACGUUGAAAAGGAAAUAAAAAGAGGCACCAAGCUGAUGUGCUCCUUAUGCCACUGUCCUGGAGCAACUGUUGGUUGUGAUGUAAAAACCUGCCACAAGACAUAUCACUACUAUUGUGCGUUGCAUGAUAAAGCUCAGAUCCGAGAGAAACCUUCUCAAGGCAUUUACAUGAUAUUAUGUCGAAAACACAAGAAAGCACCACACAACUCUGAAGAUUUAGGAGAAGGUUUAAAUGAACUAAAUGAGUUGGAGACAUCCCCUCCCAAAAAGAAGGGGCGCAAAGGAAGGCCCGGAAAAUUGAGUCUCAAAGGGCAGCCAGAAGAUACUCGAUCCACAUCUUCACAUGGCGCAGAUGAUAUAGAAAGCAGUUCUUAUAGAGAUAGAUCGCCGCAUGGAAGCAGCCCCAGUGAAACAAAACCUAAAUGUGGAUUCUGUCAUGCAGGUGAAGAAGAAAAUGAAGCUCGAGGGAAGCUUCAUAUAUUCAAUGCCAAAAAGGCAGCUGCACAUUACAAGUGCAUGCUGUUCUCUUCUGGCACUGUACAGUUGACAACUACAUCAAGGGCAGAGUUUGGUGAUUUUGAUAUUAAAACUGUACUUCAAGAAAUCAAACGAGGGAAAAGAAUGAAAUGCACCCUUUGUAGUCAGUCUGGUGCAACUAUUGGAUGUGAAAUCAAAGCCUGUAUCAAGACUUACCAUUACCACUGUGGAGUGCAAGACAAAGCGAAAUACAUUGAGAACAUGUCACGAGGAAUUUACAAGCUUUACUGUAAAAACCACAGUGGGAACGAUGAGCGAGAUGAAGAGGACGAAGAGCGGGAGAGCAAAAGCCGCGAGAGGUCAAUAGCUGACCAUAGUGGAGUUUCGCAGCAGCAGCAGCAGCUCAAUGGAAACUAGGUUCAAGUUAAACUGGGAAUGAAUAAGACAUCCAUGAUUACUAAUUUUUGUUUUUGUUUUUCUGUUUUGUUUUUUUUAAAGGCUUUAUAAAGUCUGAAAAGGGUUGGCCCCCCCCUUUUUUAACUGCCUGACUGUUAGAAAUGUCAUUGAGCUGCCAGAAGUGUUCAUGUGUGAGCCUUCGAUGAGUGGCAUGUCAAUAUUAUGUAGUUAGUUAGUCUGCAGUGUUUGGAGAGAACAACACACCUACCAUGAAACACUAUCCAAAUGAGAUGUAAAUGUGUACAGUGUCAAAACAACAGCAGACAUUGAAAUAGUAAGCAUGGUUUCUGGACUAAAUGAAUCUUCCAAGAUACGGAAUGUGUUAGGUUCAAUGACUUUGUGCAGUAAGGGAAAGACAGAAGGUUUAAUGUGCAAAGCAGACAUGACUGCGCCAUAGGAAGACUGUAAAGAAGUGCAUUUUGCAUUUACCUUAAGAACUGUGGAGGGAAACUGUUGUCCCCUCUUUUGCAAAAGCACACAGCGCAUAGGAAAAAAAGAAAAGAAUCCUCCAGCUCCAAGAGCAUGUGCUGAACCAUUUGGAUCUUUGUUCCUGUUAAGAUGGUUUCUACUGCCUAGCAUUCCUUGCUGGAGAUUACUCAAGCUGCUGUUGACUAUAAGCUGUGAGCUUCAGUACUCAUGCCAAAGGGCUGUGGUUCAUUCUUUCCCCCCUGCUCCCACCCACUCACCACCUCUUCUAGUCUCCCUGCUUUACCCAUGGCUAAUGGCAACUGAAAACCGAGUCUUCACUUCUGGAGGCUACGGGAGUGGGGAGAACACUCAACCUUUCUUAGAUUUAAGAGUUCCUGCUUAACUCUCACUAUGGAAUUUAGCCACCUUUAUUGGACAUCAUACCUCAAUUGCUCUGUGCUGCGUGGAACACAUCAUGUUUUGUCCAAAAAUAAAAUAUGUACAGAUCCCGUAUGCUGUAAGAAGAAUGCAGAAUAAGA